AUGCGGCGCAGUCUUCCGGUGGAACAGAUUUCCACUUUCCUGGAUAAAGCACUUAGUCUUACCAGAGUCAGAGGAUCAUUAACCAGCAGCAUUCAGCAGCUUAUACUGCAGACCCGCACCAUGAGAGACAACAGCUGUAAAGAACGCAUAGACAAAAUCAUGCAAGAGGCUCCGACUGCAAGAAAAGCACUUCUAGACAACCACAGCAAUCUGCACAAGGUGGCUGAUUACUGCCAGAACAAAAACCUCAAUGUGCAGGAUUCUGGAAGUGUCAUUGAAGAGUCCAAAGCUCUCACCACGCAGGCUCUGGCCAGUGUCACAUACCAGAUAAACUCUCUGGCCACGUCUAUGCUGAAGCUCUUAGAUGCUCAAAUGGUUCAGCUAAAGCAGGUGGAGUUCUCCGUCAACUUGCUGACUCUGACAGUUGGCAUGUACAAGGAGAAAAUAUCCCGGAAAGAGAUUGGAGUGCUGACCAAACAGUCAAAAGUUGCCUGGACUGAAAAGAUGGUUCUCCCAGCAAGUGGCCUGGAGCCGAUUCGUGCGUAUAGACGGGUUCCCAUUUCCUACACCCGCUUAGACAAACUGGGCCACGGUCACUGGGAAGGCAGAAAAACUGAAGAGCCAAAAACAGACAACGAGGAGUCUGUGUCGGUACAACCUGGCACACAGGAGCCCAGCACCUUCAACUGGUCUUUUUUGGGUAUAGCAGUUCCUCCUCCAUCAGUGCCUGGUUGUGUGGGUUCUAGCAUCUCAGCUCCUCCUGAUCUCUCUCCAGCUUCACCACCUCCUUCACUCACGUCUGACCGUUCCCCUUCUCUACCUGCCCAUCCCGACCUGUCCAUGCUGCCUCCUCCACCUUUCGCAGAUGAUGAGAUGGGAGAUGCUCCUCCUCCACCGAGUUCUGUGUAUGGAGGAUCUUGGGUUCCCCCUCAACCUCCUCCACCUGGCCAAAAUACCUCAUUAACUUCAGCAAACCAUCCUCCUCCUCCACCUUUCACAGAUGAUGAGAUGGGAGAUGCUCCACCUCCACCUUUUUCUCCUCCUCCACCGAUUUCUGUGUAUGGAGGUUCUUGGGUUCCCCCUUCACAACCUCCAUCAGGCCAAAAUACUUCAUUAACUUCAGCAAACCCUCCUCCUCCACCUUUCACAGAUGAUGAGAUGGGAGAUGCUCCACCUCCCUCUCCUCCUCCACCGAGUUCUGUGAAUGGAGGUUCUUGGGUUCCCCCUCCACUUGGCCAAAAUACCUCAUUAACUUCAGUAAACCUUCCACCUCCUCCUCCACCUUUCACAGAUGAUGAGAUGGGAGAUGCUCCACCUCCACCUCCCUCUCCUCCUCCAUGGAGUUCUGUGUAUGGAGGUUCUUGGGUUCCCCCUUCACCACCUCCACCAGGCCAAAAUAUCUCAUUAACUUCAGCAAAAAGCUCUGUCUACAGUAGGACUCCACAAAAUGCCUCUAUAGUGCCACCGCCGCCGCCUCCUAUUACUGGAGGUAAAUUUGUUCCACCACCUCCUCCUCCACCUCCCCCAUUUUGAAUGUUGAUAUUCAUUGUUAUUUUU